AUGCACUACACUCUGCGACCAACAGGAGGACUAUCCUGUAGCAAGACUCUGCUAGUCGAUAUCUUCAACAAGCGCACCCCCCACAUCACGAAGCGCAUCUACGUAAUCGUUGAUGAACAGAGCAACAGCUCCCUCAUCACCAGUGAACUAGCGGAUGACUUAGGAGCAAGCGGUCCUUUAGAGAAGUACUUCCUGUCCACGUGCAGCGGCGACCGGGAAGAGAAAUACGGGCGGCGAUUGACAGGCGUCACCGUAUGUUCCACAAACCGAGCAGAGUUCACCCUACCUACCCUCACGGAGUGUGACAAUAUCCCCCAGGACAAGCGUGAGAUCCCGACAUCAGCUAUGGCGAGGAGGUUCCCGCACCUAUCGCUCAUAGCGAACGAGAUACCUCUGUUGGAUGACGCCGCUGACGUUCACCUGCUUAUCGGCUGCGAUGCACCAGAGCUACUUAAAGUGAGGGAAUCAAGAAAUGGCCCCAGUGGAGCCCCCUGGGCACAACGUCUAGCCCUCGGCUGGACCAUCAGUGGCCAGCUCUGUCUUGACUUCCCCAACGGUCCAGCCCACGUUCUUACCCGCCUGACCAGUCUGUCCACCGACUCUCGGAGAAAGCAAGAAGGUGAAGGCAAAUGCUAUGAAUUGGUCCCCUGCCCGAAUCAAUUCAAAGUCACAGAUCCCCCCUUGGAGCGCGCCGCCGAUGGUGUCUUCAAAACCACACGGCAUGACAACGAGCCCAGCCUCUCCCUUGAGGACCGCACCUUCCUGGAGAUCAUGGACAAGGGCAUACACAAGAACACAAGCGGUAACUGGGAAAUGCCCCUCCCUUUCCGUGACGAGCACCAGUCCAUGCCGAACAACCGCGCCCAAGCCAUGCGGCGCCUGCAAGGGCUCUUGAAGAUGUUUAUCAGAAAACCGGAGAUGAAAACGGACUACUUGGAGUUCAUGGGGAAGAUAAUCGAGAAAGGCCACGCCUCUCCCGUCCCGCGCGAUGAAGAACCGCCUUCCGCUGGCAGUUUCUGGUACCUACCGCACUUCGCGACGUACCACAACACAAAGCACACCAUUCGCGUCGUGUUUGACUUGAGUUGCGAAUUUCAAGGAGUCUUGCCGAACAAAGCGCUUCUACCAGGGCCAGACUUGAUGAACAACCUCAUCGGUGUUCUAAUACGCUUCCGAAAGGAGAAUGUUGCCGUGAUGUGUGACGUGGAGCAUAUGUUCCAUUCGUUCAAUGUCAACCCUAAACACAGAGACUUCCUUCGUUUCCUUUGGUUCGAAGGAAACGACCCGACAAAACCCGUCACGGAGUACCGCAUGAACGUUCACCUGUUUGGCAAUGGACCGAGCCCCGCAGUACGCAAUGACGGCUUAGCUUCGCUGCCAACCGCUGGACGCGCGAUAAAACUGGUGAAAGGCGCGCAAGCCACCCUGGCCACUGCCAAGUUACGACUGCACAAAGUUGUUUCUAACUCCGUUGAAGUCAUGGAAACAUUCCCAACCGAAGAUCGAAGCAAAGAUGUGCGUGACUUAGACCUGCGCUGUGACAGUCUACCAGCACUACGGUCACUUGGAGUUUUCUGGGACCUAGAGACAGACGCCUUCACCUUCGAAGUGUCCCUGCCAGAAAAACCGUUUACUAGAAGAGGAGUUUUGUCUAUUGUCAACUCUGUAUACGACCCGCUCGGUUUCGUGGCACCCGUCAUGCUCAACGAGGAGAAAGUGAAGAAAUUUGUAACGGAGAGCGGAUGCGAAUGGGAGCUCAACCCUCCCCACGCAUCACACUUUGGCGGAGUCUGGGAAAGGCAAAUCAACACCAUCAGACGAGUACUGGACGCCAUGUUCGCUGAACUGGGCAGGACUCAGCUGACACACGAGCUACUUAUCACGCUGAUGGCUGAGGUAGUGGCGAUCGUCAACGCAAGACCGAUAACUGCACUACCAUCUGAUCCUGACGAUCCAUGA